AGCAUGAUCUGGCAAUAAUGUGUGCUUUAAAGUUUGGAGCCGUGAAGCCAAAUAUUUCAGAGGAGCUUCAGGGAGAUAUAUGGACAAAUUAUUUAGGAGCCAAGACAAGUGUGACUCGUGCAGAUAUUCAGAAUGCAUUGAAGAGUUACAAGAGCACUGAUGAGAGCAGACUGGCAAAGGAUGGAGUCAAACUGGCACUGCUAUACAUACUGUCACAUUGCUUGUUUGGCAAUCAACCUGCUAGACCAAUGAAGGCAUACUACAUAAAUCUAGUUAAUGAUUUGGAUGCAUUCAAUGGUUAUCCAUGGGGUGAUGACGUUUGGGUGGAUUUAGUUAACAAGGUGAAACAGAGUUGUGAGGCACUGGAUAAAGGAAAAGGAGAUAGAGUGACAUUCCCUGGCUUCAUGGUGGCAUUCCAGUGGUGGGCAUUUGAAACAUUUCCUGGUUUAGCAAAAGCUGGUUUGUGCAAGGUAAUGAAGGGGGCAGAAAACAUCAUGCCAAGGACUCUAAAGUGGGAAUUUAAAAAGAAACCUACACUGGAGGUGCUUUGUGAAAUUAUAUUCAAGAAUGACAAGUUUGAAUGGACGCAGAUUGUACCAACUGCGGAUGAGAUUGCUAUGAUAGAGGAAGGAAAUGAAAUAAAUGAGGAGGUGAUGCACCUUGUCAUCAACAAUGUUAGCAGAGUUGAUGCUGAAAAGCCAAAAACUA